AUGAAGAAAUGUGACAAUGAGAGAAUAGCUCAAUAAAUAUAUGCCAGUUAGAUGUUAAAAUUGCAAGGCAAAAUCUUGGAGAAGAAGUUAAUUAAAACUGGAUCGAAGAAUCAGAUUGAAAGUUAAUCGCAAAACAUCUCAAACAACAAUAGUCCUGUCGUUGGAAGAUAAAAAUCUUAUGAGAAUCUAUAGAAAGUUAAUAAGACAUUUAUUAAUCAACCUGUUUCUUAGCAGAAAUUAAGCAGCAUUUUGAAUGUCAUUAGUGGAUAAUAAUAAAACACCAAAUAAAAGUACUCCAUCAACAACGAAUUGAUUGAAACUGUGAAGAUUUCACAUAAGUUACGCAAGAAUCAAUCUAUGAUACAUAUCGAACAACAAUCUCCUGCUCUAACCAAAAAUGCAUCCUUCCAUCAUUCAGUUAAAAAUAAAAUCAACAGUAAUAGUGUAUCAAGUGAUCAAUCUCAAAUUCAAAAAGUCAAAGAGAAAAUCAAAUUAUUGUUAUAAGAAAGAGAUCAAAAUCUGCCACAAGAUGCCAAAGAAUUAGCUUUUAUGACUAAAUUCAAUCAAAUCCUGAAUCAAUUGGUGGUAGUGUUGUUCUAAGAACCAAAUCUACAAGCAUCUCAACAACAAUUCAAUUUGCCAUCCUCAACCCAAGAUACUUUCUAAGCCAUUCAAAUUGACCAUUUCUUCAAAAGGCAGAUUCAGAUCUUACAAUAGUCUUAUUAGUUGUAAUUGGACAAGAAGAAGUUGGAGAAUGUGUUAUUGUAAAUCAAAAAGAAGCAAGAGGUCUUGCAAUAGGAAAAUGAUUAAUUGUCAGAAAAUAAAAUGUCAAUGAAUGAUUAGAUCACCUAAUUGAAAUAGUAAAUCUCAGAAUUGUAAUAAUAGAACCAUUCCAAUCAAGAGAACAUUUAAUUAGAAUCAGAAACAUAAGAGUUGAAAUAUCUCGUAUAAGGGUAAUUUGAAGCCAUACAAAAGUUGUUAUAAAGAGAACAAUUAAUGAAGGUGUUUUUAAAAAGAGUGGGUGAUAGUUCGAUAAUAGAAAUGUUUGAAUAAUUUAUCCAGAGUGCAGAGAAUGUUAAUCAAGAUGACACUGAAGGAAAUUUGAAUAUUGAUAUGUUACCAUAACAGAAACAUACCUAGGUUUCAAAGAACAAUUAAUAAUAAUUAUAAUUAUAAUAAUAAUCACAAUAAGUUCCAGAUAAAAUAAUUCAAUAAUAUGAAAUUAGUUAUAAGCAAUUAGAUCUAUGUGAUUCACUUUUAGCUGAUGAUUCAAGAGUGAAUGAUUCAGAAGAAAGUAGUUUCGGAUAUUUAGGAAAAGAGCAGGCAACGGAAGUCAGUUGUUAUUUCAAUUAAGCUUAGUAAUUCUAACAAUAACAAAACCAAUUGCCAUUUUAAUAACAAUAGAACUAAAAACUAAAGGGAAAAUCUAAUAUCAAGGAUAAAUUAAGAAUUAAUAUGAUGGAUGUCUAAUUAGCGUAGGCUGCGCAGAAACACGAAUAUCUGAAACAAUAAUAGUUGCUCCAACAGUAACAGUAACAUGACAAGAUUUUACCAGAUGAUAUAAACAGUGAGGAUUUUUGA